AUGUGUCUUGAUAGGGAGGGGAGUGUUUGUCUGGCAGCUCGCACAUCAGAUGCUGUUUCAUUGUUGCAUAAAAGAGGUGUCUGGACGAAUGUAAGCAUGAAGCGAUUCAUGGCGCUGCUUAGUAAGAAUGAAAACAAGGACCCUCCACAGGCCAAGCUGCUGGAUCUAGCAGGACAACUCUGUGGCGAUCUUCAGAGCGUGUCUCGCAGCCUGGAGAAGCUGGUCGAGGCAAUGAUGGGGUGCAAACUUCAGGAAUAUUUCCUCACCAACAUCAAUAUAGUCAGAGCCUGUGUGCUUGUCCUUAUCCACAAGGGACAGCAUGACACAGCCUGCAGACUCCUGGAGUGUUGCAGGAUGAAAGAGAAGAAGGAGCUGGUGAGACUUUGGAAUGAGAUCCACUACCACGAAGACAUGGAGAAAAACCACACAGAUUCCCUGACAUCGAUGCAGAAAUUCCGGUGCAGGAAGAGGAAUCCUCCAUCAGUUUCCCUCUGUCCUGAAGCACAACAGCAAAACUAUCCAAAAAAAGUGCUCAGAAUGCUGCGCAGAUUUGCUGCAAAUGUGACAAUGAAUCCAAACAUUGAUCAGCUGGACACUUUGGCUCAGGAUACGAACUUGAAGUCAGAUCAGGUCUAUUACUGGUUUGCCAAUUACCAUCGUCGUCAAAGAGUCCAGCUCAGGCGGCUGGAAAAGCUCAUCAGUUCAACCUAUGAGGAGCCUUCAACUCGCCAAGCAAAACAUCAGCCUGAUAGUAGAUCCUGCAUUCCACAAGCUGCAGGUUGGUCUCCUCCCAGUGGUCUUGGGAUGUGGUCCAGGCAAAUGGAAGCCUGUUUUAGGAUCACCUCUUGA